CCUCAAUGGGCCAUUGACAAUAUGCUGGACACGACGCAAACACCGGUUGACGGCGUCAUUGUUGUCGGGCGACUCAAGUUUGAAAGACCUGACUGGCUCAUCAAUGAAUUGCCUGACUGGCGCCACGCAAUCUACACGCGCGACGACCGGCGCCACCCCCUCAGCAUCCCUAAGAACAAAGGCAAAGCCAGCACCGUCUAUCUCCAAUACAUCAUCGACCACUACCACCAUCUGCCCGCGACGAUUGUGUUCCUGCACAACCACCGCAAACCAGGUCACACCGAGUUCCGCGACUACGGGAACGUGGCAGCCGUUACUUUUCUCCGACGCGAAUUUGUGCAGAAGAACGGGUUCGCUAACCUCCGCUGUACUACUACCAGUAGUUCUGGUUCCAGUUCAAAUGACGAGUGCGGGAACGUGAUCCGACCGGUUUUCGAUGCCAACGAGACUAGUGCGCAAGUCACAACGAUUGAACAGGAGUAUCCGGUCAUCUUGAAGACGGUCUUCAAUAGCACUAAUGUGCCGGAGAAGAUUGCGACGCCGUAUUGUGGACAGUUUGCGGUGUCGAGGGAGCAGGUGCACAAGCGGCCCAGGGAGGAGUAUAUGAGGUAUCAGCAGUGGGUGAUGGAGACGAAGUUGAAGGAUGAGGAGAUUGAGCAGGUGAUGGGGUCAUUGUGGCAUGUUAUUUUUGGGAGGGAGGCUGUAUAUUGUCCUGAUACGGCCAAGUGUUUCGAGGAUGUUUAUGGGUUGUGAUUUUUCAGGGAUGUAGCUCCGUAGUGAUAUAGUGAUAGUAGAUUAAUAUAGUCAGUUAUGCUGAGAGUCAGCAGCAGCAGUGGUUG